AUGUCUCAACAACCACAACAAACGGCGCCCUCCGCCCCUGACUCCCCGGCGCUGGUGGUCACCAGUAACGUGCAGAAAUAUGCUAUCAAGAAGAAGAAAGUCCUCAGUGCUGAAGAAACUGAGCUGUUUGAACUAACUCAGGCUGCGGGGGUCACUGUGGACCAAGAGGUCUUCAAGAUCAUAGUGGACCUGUUAAAGAUGAAUGUGGCUCCUCAAGCAGUCUUCCAGACUCUGAAGGCAAUGUGUGCAGGCCAGAGGGUAGCUGAGAGCUGCGGCGGCUGGGACUCUUCAACUGCCUCCCACGCCACAAGCAUCACCACGGCACCUACAGAGGCCAGAGAAGAGGACUCUUUGGUCUCUGGAAAGAGCCCUAAGCCUCCUGCAGCUGCCCCCUCAGCGUCUGGCCCCAGAGCCACAAGGGUCAACACUAAGAUUGUGGUCUACGGCCCCCAAGACGCUAGCUCUCCUCACUCUCAAGUGCGCAGUAAAGCUGGAGCGAGCCACAGUGAGAAGAGCAGAGAGGCUUCCAGCCAGCGGGUGCAGCGGCAGCCCAGUGCCACUAGAGGGCAGAAGACCAAGAGCUCUGGCAGCAGUAGUUCCUCCUCGCAGAUAAACUCCACAUAAGACUCAGGUCAAUAUGAGACCAUUUGUAAAUAUGUUGUUGUCUUUACAUUUAAUUUAUCUGUACGUCUUACUGUGUAACCUGUUUUAAAUGGUCGGUUCUUCAAAUUACACCAAAAAAAAAAAAAAAAAACCCAAAUAUGUUUUCUCACUAUUGGAAUUUUGGUUUUAUUUGCUUUGGUUUUGAGAUAACUGUUGCCUCUACCUCAGUACAAUGGAGGUGAAUGGAAUCUUCUUUGUGCUGCUUAAAACAUUGACAUUUUAGUAAAUCUUUCCAGAAAUAAUGUCCAGAUAACUUUGGAUCAGGGGUCUUCAAAGUAUAACACUGUGGGCCCCCCCUCAGAGACAACUGCGCGGCCCUAACACCCCUGUCUACUCAAAUGUCAAAUAAAUAUUGAUACUGAAACAUGAAAAAAGUUAAUAAUGGAUUUGGUCAUUGUUAUUCAUUGUCUUACUUUGAUAUGGGGGAUAAUCACGCUCUCAGUUUUGGAACUACAGUUCCCUCAAUGCUUUGGGACAUGUUGCCAUGGAGUUAUGCUGUGGUACAACUUGAGUCCCAUUUUUUAAGCCUGUACUUGUUUACAUUUUGGCAGAUGGGCGCCAUAAAAAGUAUGCUGAAUUAGUCAUUAGCAGUUCCUGUUUACAGUGUACCCAUGGAAACACAGCCAACUAUCACUGGCUUACUCUGAUACUGAAGAAACCGUUUAUCUGAGAUAGACAUCGGAGCUAUGAUAUCUUAGGAAAGUUUUAAGUCACACUGAAUCUAAAAAUAUGUAUAUCAAAACAAAUUGCGACAAGCGGGAACUAAGGGUUUUGAAGUACCAACUGCCUUUCAUCUCAUGCUGUAUCUUUGCCUCUCCUAACGUCUCUGAUCCACAGACCUCACUGUGAACAGUUUUCAUUGGGACCAUUUCUGUGGUUCAACAUACAGUCGUUCCAAUGAAAACUGUUCACAGUGAGGUCUUUGAUGAGAGACGGAUAUCUCAAAACCUUGGAAAAUAAAAUAAAAGCUACCUGCAUGACCAAAUACAUACCACCGAUAUUAAGUGAGAAAAUAUGUUGUUUUUUAUUUUAUUUAGUUUUUUCGUAAUUUGGGUAAACAAAUCCUUUUUAAAGUUCUAACAUAAUGUAAGAAGGUCCAGAGUGUCUCCUCAUUCUCGUUCUGGCAGGUGUUACUGUAAGUGAGGAAAGCCUUUUGUCUGGUUGCCAUGAGAAUAACGGAAAAGAAAAGAACUAUUUAGAUUUUCUACUGAAAAAUGCAAAUGUCUGUAUUCAAUGUGCAACUUUUUAUAUAAUGAUUAAUCUUUAAUAAAUCCAACAAUAAUAUACCUACCAAAUUUGAACCUUUUUAUUGCAUCAUUUUUGUUAGGGAUGCACCAAUCCAACUUUAAUUCUCCUGUUAGACUUUCUGAUACCUCACCUGUACUCUUUUCUCCAAUUUUGAAGAUCUCCUCCACACAUGUUGAAAGACGUAUAAAAAUACUCUUCUUUGAAUAAUAA